AUGUCAAAAGGCCAGCAGUAUUUCGGUGUUUCAGAAAGUUUUUACACAAAAAAGCCCCCCGGUGCGUGCGUGUUUGUAAGCUUGUAGUUUACCCAUUCUUUUCGGAGCCUUCUCCCUUCGGAUGACCAUCUGCGAGAGCCGCAAGAUUUCGUAGUGGGAAGAAUAUUGCACCAACACACAAAGCAACUGUGCCACCGGGACAGAACUGUGUACGAACCGCCGCGCACGAACAGCAGUGGCCCAACAUUCGCUAGACUGCGAUAUGGCUGAAACGGUGACGGAUGCACCCUCGGAACCGGCCCAUCCGGGGAUGCAUCUGCAGGAAGGCACGGAUGCUGGGAUGCUCGGAGCGGCCGGCACAGCAAACACCAUCAUCACCAGCGCCAGCACCACCACCACCACCGACGCGGAGUUGCUGCCCGACGGCGGUAACGUCCAUACGCCGGCGGAAGGGUUCAUCUGCGGCGUGGUGGAAGGGUUCUACGGCCGCCCGUGGACAACGGAGCAGCGGAAGGAUCUGUUCCGCAAGCUGAAACAGUGGGGCAUGGACGCGUACAUCUACGCACCGAAGGACGACUACAAGCACCGGGCGUACUGGCGCGAGCUGUACACGGUGGAGGAGGCGGACCACCUGACCGGGCUCAUAGCGGCCGCCCACGAGCAGGGCAUCAACUUUUACUACGCCCUGUCGCCCGGUCUGGACAUCACGUACAGCAGCGCGAAGGAGAUCGGCAUCCUGAAGCGCAAGCUCGACCAGGUGUCGCAGUUCGGGUGCAAAGCGUUCGCCCUGCUGUUCGACGACAUCGAGCCGGAAAUGUCGAAACCGGACAAGGAGGUGUUUCAGAGCUUCGCCCACGCCCAGGUGUCGGUGACGAACGAAAUCUUCAACCACCUGAACUGUCCCCGGUUUCUGUUCUGCCCGACCGAGUACUGCAGCUCGCGGGCAGCGCCCACCGUCAAGCAGUCCGAGUAUCUGAACACGCUCGGCUCGAAGCUGGUCCGAGCGAUCGACAUCCUGUGGACGGGACCGAAGGUCAUCUCGAAGGUGCUCACGGUGGAGUGUAUCGAGGAGAUAACGGAGGUGCUGAAGCGACCGCCCGUCAUCUGGGACAAUCUGCACGCGAACGACUACGACCAGAAGCGCGUGUUUCUCGGCCCGUACAGUGGCCGGUCGCCGGAGCUGAUACCGCUGCUGCGCGGUGUCGUGACGAAUCCGAACUGCGAGUUUCACGCCAACUCCAUCGCCAUCCAGACGCUGGCGUUCUGGAGCAAGUGCAGUGCGGACACGAAGAUUGCCAGCUCGCUGUCGCCCGACAUUAAGCUGGAGACGGAGAACGAGCAGGGCAUCUGUGAGGGCGAUGCGCCGGCAUUCCUGUCCGAGAACGUGUACCAUCCACGGUUGGCGCUGAAGAAUGCGAUCGCCAACUGGUUGCCGGAGUUCUACCAGGAAAAGGAAGCCUGGGGACCGAUUACCAAACCUCAGCCGGCUGUAACAAUGGUGAUGCCCAUCAUUCCCAUCAUACCGUCGGUGAACACGUGCAUGACGCUAACGUCGACCAGCACAACGACCACGACCACUGCCACCGCUAUGCCGAUGCCGGAAGUCAACACCACCCAGCUGCAGCUGUUUGCGGACGUGUGCAGCACCGUCACGAACGUGGCGGAAACACUGCCCAAUCCCAUCAUGAACUCGCUCGUCUCGGCGACGAAGGUGGUCACCAACGAAUCGAUUCCGAAUCCGGUCGUGGCAGCGGUGAACCAUAUCGCCAUUCCGCCGACGAUCCCGCUCUCCAGUAUUCCGGUGCCACUGCUGAACAUGAAACCCACGGAAAGUGACGGGCCCGAGGCGGUGGACUGUUGUCGGGAGCCGGCCAACAGUGUAGACAUGGAGAAGGUCAGCCCCAAUGGUUCGUGCCGCCCCGAAGGAGAUGCUGCUCCACUCCUGGACGGUGAUGCGGUGAUACGGGACGAAUCGAAUGAGCAGCGACGGGAAGAUGACGGCGAAGACGGUCAGCGGCAGACGAUCACGGAAGAGGAGGCAAAAAUGCUAGACCUGGAGGAAAACGAGGUGAAGAUGGUGGAUGCAAGCGAGGAGCCGGACGAUAAGAUGACGGUAAGCGACGAACAGGUGGCAGACUGUCAGGCACCGCCGGCCCUGGACAAAAUGGUAGACGACGAAGGUGAUAGCAAGCCGGACGCGAGCGGGUCCGUCGUGCCGGAACCGAUGGAGUGUGGCAGCAAUCUGACCUCGCCCAAGCAUCAGCUGAAAACGCACUUCGACGAUAUUGUGAUGUCGGAAACCACGUCGACCUGCUCUGGGACGAUGCAAGUCGAAAGCUCCGACACGUCGCUAGAAAUGGCAGAAGAUAAAAAUGGGCAGGAAAAACAGAUAACUGCCGGUGACAUAAUGCUGCUGUGCGAUCUGUUCUACCUGCCGUUCGAGCACGGUUCGAAAGCGCUGCAGCUACUGAGCGAAUUCUACUGGCUGCGCAACAAUGCGUACGUGCUUUGCGCGCAGCGCACGAACCGUGGAGGAAAGCAGCGCACAACCAGCACGGCCAGUGCGGGCGGUGGCGUUACACCGACCACCGAUGGUGCUGCUGCUGCUGCUGGGCAACCGUCGGGCGAGGAUAUAACGGAAGCGAGCAACGGGCCCGCAACGGAUGGGCGCGAUCUGAGCAUGUGCGACGCUCAGGAGUGGCUGCGCCGCUCGGAAUCGUUCCAAACGCUGUGUCAAAGUAUUUUCCUGCUGACGAAGAAGAUCGCGAGCUGCGCGAACAAGGAAAUGUGUUACGAUUUGUUUUCGUACGUCUGGGACAUUGCCAGUGUGCUUUCGCUGCUGAGCGCCUUCGUGAAGUGGCUAGCGUUGGGGAAUUUUCCUCCCACGAUCAAUUCGUUCACGCAGGGUGGAUACAAUUGGUUUAGCAAAGGCUGGAAGGAAACGUUCAUGUCCGGCGACCAGGAACCGUGGGUAUUUCGGGGCGGUUUGGUGGCCGACCUGCAACGGCUGAUACCGCUCGAUACGGGCAACGAUCUGUUCCUGUACAAAACGCCCGAAACGUCCGCCGUGCGGCUGUACUCGAUACGCCCGUACAUGUUUAGCGAUGAGGCCACGCUGUACGACAUCUGCCACCGGACGGCACUGGAUGGCGAGCCGGUGGCGGACCGGCCAACGCAAAGCCCCCUCGGCCAGCUGAUAGCGGACCGGUAUCUGGGCCCGUUCCUGACGCUGGCGCCCGAGCUUUGCCUGGUGAUCGAGGACCACAACGGACAGACCGUCGGGUACGCCUGCGCAGCGCUGGAUGCGAAAGCGUUCGUCCGAAACAUGGAGCACUGCUGGAUACCGGAGAUGUGCAUAAAGUAUCCCGUGUCGCUCGCACCGGCGGCGGAACAGGCGGACGGCAGCACGGGUGGCGGCAGCCCGGAGGAGACAGCCGGCCCCAACCAGACGGCCGGUUCCCGAACAUCACAAAUGGUGCGCGAUAGUAUUCACUACUUUCACAGCUUCCAAAACGACUAUCCGGCGGCCGUGCUGGGCAAGCAUCCGUCGCUGAUGUGCUGCCGCAUCCUGAAGGACCACUUCAUGGAGGACGAGACGGUGUGCAAGCGGGUGGUGACGGUACUGCUGGCGGCACUGCGCUGCCACGGCACUUCCUUCGGCGUGCACGUGUGCAUCAGUCGUAGCGAUCGGUUUUUGUACCAGUUUUACGCGAAGCUAGGCUUUGUGGAGAUUGCCGGUACCGAGCCGGACCCGAACCUGUACAUGGGCCGGAGCUUCUAAGCGUGUCGGUGUCGGCAACCCACCCAGCCAAACUCACAUACUCACACGUGUGUACGAGCGUGCUUCUUAAUCGACGGUGAUCAAUUGCUCCUUCAGCUCCGUCCUAUCGGCUUGGACGGCCUUCUGCAAACGAUUCUAUCCCUCCCGAACGUAUCCUUCCUAAGGGGUAGCAUAACCGGGUACGUGCUUAUGCUUUACCUGCAAUUCUCAACUUUUCAAUUGGAAUGUUAGGGACGGUGGUCCUUUCCUUUCCUCUUCCUGGCUCGAUACAUCGCAAUCUCGCAACAUCGUAUCGUAUUAUUCGGUUUACGCAAACGGAGACUGGCUUAAUAAAAAUGCAUGUAUUACGCGCGACACGACGUUCGGCGGCAAGAUGUGUGUAGAAAUGUUGCUUCUUC